AUGUCUACCGAACAAAAGGAGGUUUGCCAGUUUGAAGAUCAUAUGACUUCAGCAAAAAGUAGUGCUCAUGGACAUUCUCACGAUCAUGGCGUAGGAGAACAUGGACACACUCAUGAACAAUUAGACAAUCCUGGUAACUAUAAUGAAAGAGAAUUACCAAAAUACGGAAAUCGUAACUGGAAAGAACGAGCUUUUACUGUUGGAAUUGGGGGUCCUGUUGGAUCAGGAAAGACGGCAUUAAUGUUAGCAUUAUGCAAGGCUCUGAGAGAACAAUAUUCCAUUGCAGCGGUGACAAAUGAUAUUUUUACUAAAGAGGAUACGGAAUUCCUAGUUCGCAACAAUGCCUUACCAGCUGAACGUAUUCGUGCGAUAGAAACUGGCGGGUGUCCACACGCCGCUAUUAGAGAAGAUAUUUCCGCUAAUUUAGGUGCUCUGGAAGAAUUACAUGCUAAAUUUAACGCUCAAUUAUUACUUGUCGAAAGUGGGGGUGAUAAUUUAGCUGCCAAUUAUUCUCGAGAGUUGGCGGAUUAUAUCAUCUACGUCAUUGACGUGGCAGGAGGAGACAAAAUUCCAAGGAAAGGAGGACCAGGCAUUACACAGUCUGAUCUUUUAAUCAUAAACAAAACUGAUUUAGCAGAAAUCGUUGGUGCAGAUUUAGGAGUGAUGGAAAGAGAUGCUCGUAAAAUGAGAGAGAAUGGGCCAACAUUAUUUACCCAAGUGAAAAAUAACGUUGGAGUUCCGCAGGUCGUUGAAUUGAUACUGAGUGCUUGGAAGUCGAGUGGUGCUGGUGAUUCUUAA